CAGCCCUGUGCAGUCACACACAAAACCACAGAGCUCUGCUGUGCAGUGCCUUGGCCUCUGAGGCGUGUGAAAGGCUGGCAGAGAGAGCACUGACAUCAUAGCAGCCCGCACACUCCCCUGGGGGGCUGGCACAAUAUAUAUAGAUGGUGGCUUUUGUUGUUCAGGGUUUGUGUGUGCCUGUUUGGCUUGCCUUUUAAAAGUGCAAGACCCUUCCUUGAAAGCAUGAGGAAGUCAACCUUGAGACUGUUGCCUCAUAACCACGAAAUUGUGGUUAAGGCCAGAUGUGCUUUUAAGCCUUGCCCCACAGAGGAUCCCUCAUUGGUCAUUACCUGCAGAUUAACAGAUCCAUAGGCAAGAGUGCCAGCAAGAGCAAAGGAAGAUUGGCUUUGCUCACUUUACUCACAAACACUAUCAGCUGGUGUUGAGGUGGAUGUGGCUCCCCUUCUACAGCAGCAAUAAGGAAAGGAUGCCGUGAAACAGAUCUGUACCCUGCAGGUGACCUCAAAACCAGCUCUCUUAUCAUGCAGCUUUUUUUUUUUUUUUUUUUUUUUUUUUACUGGGAUCUGUCAGGAGCAACCUGCACCUGUGCUCCUGGCUGUUCCUCACGCCACCCUGCCCUAUGAACACGCGAGCGACGUGGCAGUUGCAGAACAAACGCGGAGAUUACAAAGUAGGAAAGUCAGUCUGGCCAAACAGGAGAACAAACAAAGGAGAGACUUCACCCAGAUGUGACACGACUGCCAGCCUGACCAAGAAACCAGAGGAGGGAGGAGGGAGCAAUGCUGUACAAAAACAGGAAGCAUUGCCCUUCCCUGUGGAGAAAGCAGCUCUCGUGCCUACAGGAAACUUUCCAAGUGAGAGUCACCCAGCCUUAGAGAGCAGGCCAGUGAUUUUGCUAAGAGUCAGAUCUGCAGAUCUGAUCUCCUGGAAGCUGUCUCCCAUCUUCAAGUUAGGUCUGGGCCAGCACUCGUUUUCUAGUGUGCAAAGUUAAGGAUGUUCUUCCUCUUGUGUUUUCUUUCCACUGGAUUUUCACAUCCUCACAAAGAAGAUACUGGCACCAGCAUUUGGGGGCAUCACCUGGCCCUCCUCACUAUUAGAUGUUUCCCACGGCUUUUAGGGUCCUCAGCUGUGCAAUGCUGCCAUGUUGUGCCAGGACAGGGGAAGUAUAAAGUGCAACCUAAACAUCACACUCACUCCACUUCCUGCAUGGAAGAAAUGCGGGACAGAAAAACAGAAUAUUUGCAUGUUCACUGGUGCAAAACACAUUACUCCUCUCUCUUCCCUCCUUGUCUCUCUCCAUUACAGACUGUGUGGGACCUCCACAAGGGUGACUGUUAUCAGCUGCCCCACAGCAGCAGUGAAGAGAGCUCCUUCUCAAGUGCCACAAGCAGGUGAGGCCAGCACUGAUCCAGAAGCUGCCUCUGGCUCUUAUGUCAGUCACUCACACGAACUGACAGCCACAGGGACACCAGAACUGUGACAGUGACCUGGCAACCUCAUAACCUACCUUUGGAAACUCAUCACAUGCAACUGCUAUACACUGAGCUUGUCUGCUUCAAGCCCUUCUAAAUUUAGGAGGGAAGCUGUUAUGUUCUUUAUCAGCAUGGUCACCACUUCAUGCUUCUACAGUAAAACCUCUCUUGCCCACCUAUUUGCCUGUAGUUGAGCAGACACUACCUGGCAAAACCACCUGCACAGCCACCACCAGAAGUUCAGCUGUUCCUGUUCCUCAGCAAGCUGCCAGAGGUGCUCUGCUGUGCUUUUCCUGGGCAGGAUCAAGCAGGUUUCCAGCUCAUACACCAACUGGAUGAUUUCCUUUAAGUCACACACAAUACAAACAUUACAGAAGUCCUUCACACUAUCUGAUGUGAUUCCCAUAUUCUCUUUUUGACCCUAGCAAGUUCACACCACUGCAACUUCAUGAUCUUUUUCCAAGUCCACACCCUCAGCAGGGCACUUUGCUCCCAGCUGUACAGCUGACAUUUGCUGGUAUAUUGCUCACAGUCCUAUCAUCCAAGCUGGGUAGCAGCAGGAGGCUGAAUCUUCCUGGACUUGACAGACUACUCCAAGGCUGAUGACACCCAGCAUUAACUGCACAUCAGAUGUGAGAAGAGCUGUUGCCCAACUUUCUCUGGACUUCAUUCAAAGCAACAGCUGGUUCAGAAAAACUCCUAAGAAAGCUCAGCUUUCUGCCAGCUCUCAAGAAAAUCUCACUACUUCAUAGAAGGCAUAUGCUGUUGGAUUGAAAGACAACCUGCUGUUGCUGCAGUCAUCCAGACUCUUUCAUGUUUUGCAUACUUGGGAGAAACACCUCCAUUUUCCAUCUCCUGGUGGAAAGAUGACAUCCAAUCUCAUUUCAGAUUUUUGUGAGUGAAGAGCCUCUGACCUCUAGACUGAAGACACUUCUCUCUGGUGCAGUAUGAAAGGGUAACCUCUCAAAACCCUUGGGUGUUUUGGGACACAGCAGCCAUGCUGUCUGACAGUGGGCAUUGCUGACAGCACAUCACACCAGCAGCUACAUCCUGUUCAUUGCUUCCUUAGGAUUUUCAGUUCAAGACCAGCACUCAGUCUUCACUACCAAGGCCCUCUUGUGAGCAUGAUGUCAGGUACUUUCCCCUUCCACUGAAGAACCAACCUCAGUGUGCUUUACAGACCUCUUUCCUGUCUCUUGGACUUUUGCUGUGCAUUUGCUAAGGCAGUGCCUGUCUAGAGAAGAAAGAGAAGCUCGGUCUCACAUCUGGAUGCAAAUGCACUCCUGAGUCUCCAUCUAUUGCUUUUUAAACCCAGAUUGGUGCCAAAAGACCCAACAAUGUGUCUCAGGACAUCAGACCCUUCUGCACAGCAAUACCUGUGUUCACAGGUGCAAGGCAGGUGGUAACUUCAUAUCUGUGUCCUAGCAUCCUGUUUUGUGGAUACUGUGGGAGCAGCAGGAUUGGAAAACAAAGUUAAGACAUUUUCUGAAAUGCUGAUUUACAGGUUUGAAAUUAAUAACCUUUGGCAAUAGUGAUACAACACCACAGUCCAACAGCACUGAGAGGGAUGGAUAUGGCAGUGAGAAGUGAAAAAUACACUCCCUUGCCCCUCUCCUCUGGAUUGCAGCACUCCUUCAAAGCACUAAGUGCCAGAGAUCCCACCAGAGGCCAGCCCGUAAACACACUGGUCACCAAGAAAUACGCAGCUGAGCCGCCGCUGCUGCUGGUGAUCAUGCCCUGCGAGGCUGCUGGAUUCACGCCUGCCACAAACGCCAUCCAUCACGGAUAGCUGCGGGCAGGUCUGCGCCACUCCACGGAGACAGAAGGAUGCUCUCAAGACGCUGCUAACAGGCCAGUUUCAGCUCUACCUGUUCUGUUUCAUGUGCUAACAUGGAUGACUGGGACAACAGCAAUGAAUUUAUUCAGCGACUGGACUUUUCCAGUUGUGGUGAAGAGAGUGAAGACAGAAGUGUAAACGAGGAGGACUCCCUGAGCUUGAGCCCCCCCAGAAACUCAGAGUUCCAGAAGUGGCAAGAGAGCAGUCCUCUGCCAGCAACCCCUCAGAGAAAGCUUAGUGAGAUUUUCCUGAGCAAGACAAAAGCCUGGAUGAGUCCCACCCUGAAGUCUUCCCCUUCUGUGAGCAAGAGCUGGAGUAAACCUGAUACCCCACUGCACAUCACCUGGAAAAAGCUGCAGCUCUGUGACACCCCUCACACUCCUAAGAGCCUGUUGUCAAAGACAGCUUUUCCUUCCCCUGCAACAAAGGGCCCACCCAAAGGCUUCAGACACCUGAGACUCACUCCUCGUGCUGACUCUGAUGACUCUUCCCAAGCUUCUCUUGUCAACAUUAAUCCCUUUACACCAGAGUCCUACAGACAAAUGCUCUUCCAUCCCAAUGGCAAAAGGAAGGCCAGAGGACAGCUGAAUGACCCUCAUCCUGCAAGCCAGAAUAAACAGGAGCUACCUACAAAUAGAUAUACUCUGAAAGCAAGCAAUAUGGUUUCCCGCUACAAGAAGGAGUUCCUGGAACUAGAAAAAAUUGGUGUGGGGGAGUUUGGCUCUGUCUACAAGUGCAUCAAACGCCUUGAUGGAUGUGUCUAUGCCAUCAAACGCUCCAAAAGGCCUCUGGCAGGAUCCUCAGAUGAGCAGCUGGCCCUGCGUGAGGUGUAUGCCCACGCUGUCCUGGGGCACCACCCCCAUGUCGUGCGCUACUACUCGGCCUGGGCAGAGGACAACCACAUGAUCAUCCAGAAUGAGCACUGCAAUGGUGGGAGUCUCCAAGAUGUGCUGAUGGAAAAUGCAAAGCUUGGGCAGUAUUUCCCAGAAGGAGAGCUGAAGGAAAUAUUGCUGCAAGUCUCCAUGGGACUAAAAUACAUCCACAACUCUGGCCUUGUGCACCUGGACAUCAAACCUAGUAAUAUCUUCAUCUGUCACAAGCUGGCAGUUUCAGGCCCUGCUGGGCAGGAGGAGAGUGACAGUGAAGAUGAAUUCUCUCCUGGUGUGGUGUAUAAGAUUGGUGACCUUGGACAUGUGACAUCAAUAACAAACCCUCAGGUGGAGGAAGGAGACAGACGGUUUUUGGCCAAUGAGAUUUUGCAAGAGCAGUACUGCUACUUGCCCAAGGCUGACAUCUUUGCCCUGGCCCUCACGGUGGCUCUGGCAGCCGGGGCAGCAGCGCUGCCGCACAACGGGGCCCUGUGGCACCACAUCCGCAAGGGCAACGUCCCACACAUCCCCCAGAGGCUGCCCCCCCGCCUGCUUGAGCUCCUGAAGCUCAUGAUCCACCCUGACCCAGCACAAAGACCUUCUGCCACAGCCCUCACCAAACACCCUGUUCUCCGUCCUUCCUGUGGGAAAGCCCUGCAGCUCCAGGAGCAGCUGAAUGUGGAGAAAUGCAAGACUGCCAUGCUGGAAAGGGAACUUAAAGCAGCUCGCCUUGCCCAGACCCUCAUGAAGGACCAAGCCUUAGGAAGUGCCAAGUUACAAGAGUCUGAAACCUCUUCUAAGCAGAAGAGCAAGCGUCUGGUGGGAGGGAAGAGCUGUCGCUCGUUUAGCUUUACUCUGGGUUUCUGAGUUUCUGUGUUGUCCCAAGACUGCUGAAUGGCCCUGUGAAAGCAGAGGGUCAAUGCCCCAUAUUGUCUGUCAUUUUCUUUUUAUUGGUUUUAUUUUUUGUUCCCCUGUUAGGAGCUGUUGACUGAAAAAACAAUGACUGGCUUACAAGUGCUGGAUAAUGGGAUUUAAGGUUGUUCUCAGUCUUUUGCCUGUUUAAUUUCUUGUGUAACCGGCCUUGCUAUAGACUCAGUGUAACUCUGCUGUGACAAAAGGAUGUUUUCUCUACUCACUUCCCUCUUUCUGGAGUUGAGCCCUGUUAGUGGUGACUUUGUGGUCUUAACACUCAGGUUGGUUAUAUCUUUAGAGGGGUGAUAAUGGCUGUACAGGGAGACAGUAUCGACAGCUGUCUGCUCCUAGGAGCAGCAGGCACGGACUAUGGCAGUUUUAGCUGCCCAUGAGGAGCCAGGCUGGUUACACAGCGGUCCUGGGGGCUCAGGAUGCAGCUGGAGUCAUGUUUCACUGUGGGGGGACACAGAGUAAUAGGAAAUACUUGGAGUUAAGCGGUGGGAGCUGAAGAAAACCAAAACUUUUGUAACUGGGUGUGCUCUGACUGGUUAGUCCCCGAUGCCUGACGUGUUUUCUGUGAAUUUGGGAGGAUUCUUUGUCCGUGUGGGGAGAGAACUGCAGAGUGUCGGUAGCUGGGUCUGUCUGCUCCCCUUUGCUCUUCACUGUCUCACAGUGGCGCAGCUGCCUGCGAACUGCAGGCUUUCAGCGGAGAUAAGGGGAAUUAGAAAGGGCUUUUCCAGCUUUUUGCAGUUGCCCAUGGUAAUGGUGGUAUGUAUUUUGUAUUUGAGAUGUAACAUACCCUUUUGUGUUUGUGUUGGUUGGACAGAGCGCUGCUAUGAGGGAGAGCUCGGUACCUCGCUCACUCCCAGCUUUUACUGCUUUGGUUGAUGAUGCAUUGCACAUGCUGGCUUUUAACUGUUAGAUCCUAUCGUUUCGUGCGAAUAAAGGUUUUAUCGUUUUUACCCGAUGACCGAGUGAUGGACUUUGUUGGGGUGUUUUCUCCCCGCGCGGGGCCGGUUUCCGGCCGGACGCGUUUCCAUU